AUGAAAAACACGUCACAUCCAUCUCGAAACACGCUCCUACGCAACACGUUCAUAUUUUCGCUGACAUCGACUCUGCCCGAUUUAUCACGUCUCACCGACGUCUCUCUGACCGUUUCUACAUCUCCGACGCUCACAUCACAUCUUCACAACCUUCCCCACACCUCGAAAACAUCACAAACACACCCUAUUCCACUAACACGUAAUACACAUCCUUCGCGCUCCCUCGUCACACCCACUCAACCUUAUCCACAACGCUCUCAAACAUCUUUGCCGUAUUUCUCAUCCCGUCACGCUCAAACCCACAUCCAACCCUCGCUCCAUCAUUUGUUUCACGCCUCCAUCAAAAUUGACACGAAAAUACCCCAAAAACACGACUUCGACCUUACACCGUUCCUUCUCCACGUCCCUGCUUAUGAAAAACACGUCACAUCCAUCUCGAAACACGCUCCUACGCAACACGUUCAUAUUUUCGCUGACAUCGACUCUGCCCGAUUUAUCACGUCUCACCGACGUCUCUCUGACCGUUUCUACAUCUCCGACGCUCACAUCACAUCUUCACAACCUUCCCCACACCUCGAAAACAUCACAAACACACCCUAUUCCACUAACACGUAA